CUUGUGACCCACUCAUAUCUGUCUGUCUAAUAAUACAUGCCAAAUUCCCUUUCUAGAAAACAAGGAGAAAAAAGAAUCAGAAAAACCAGCCCAGCAGCCUUCACUUCCCAUUGGAAUCAUUCACCAUCCUUGGGAUCAUAAACCACACCUCCACACCUUUCUCUUCCUCUCGACUCCCAACCCUGACACACUCUUCUUACAUGACCGACCAGAAGGAAAUCAUGGGAGUUACAGAAGAAGUAUUAUAAGCAGCAUCAACAUCCUUCUCACUGACCUCCCUCCUGGCCUGGGCUUCUUCCUUGCUUGCUCAUGUUCAUGCAUGUAUCAUAGAAAGUUGAAGCUCCUAAAUCUUCACCUACUAUUGCAAACUUUAGGUAGUUGGGAGAGUUCUGAUUUAUUGGGUACCUGCCCAUUUGUUUACGGCCAUGGAUGGGAAGAAUAUAGAGAUGUGUUUAGCUGCCAAUGGUUCGGAGGGAUACUGAGGUUAGUUGUGUGACCUGAAAGGGGUUGUCUCUUUUAGCUACCUGAGAUAUUCUGAUGCAGUGAGAUUGAUUUUGUAACAAGGGGACACGAGGCCCAGUAGGUUGCUGGUAAAUGAUAAAUGCCUGUUUGGUUGUCAGGAAGUAUUCACUUCAGCAUUGUAGAAGGGCUUUAAAUGUUGCUUUGGCCUCUUCAAGGCCUGGGACUGUAAUCUGCUGCCUACCAAGUCCUAGAAUUAGGGCUUUUAGAUCAACCUGACAACUCUGGCUCUGAGAAUUUCAAUCCUUUGUGGGAUUUGGGACUAUCUGCUCAGUUGUUGGCAGGAGAAGCACGAGGAUGUCUGCAAAGUUUCUGCAUACAUUUGCUGAUGAAGAUCCAGAGAUGAAGAGGCAGAUAGGGUGCAUGACUGGAAUCUUCCAAAUUUUCGAUCGGCAGCGCCUCCUUACCGGGAGGCGCCUCAGUGGUCACAGCCAUCAAGGGGUUUCUUCAGGCAAAGUUCUAUCAAAUAGAAGCUCGGUUGGAACAGAGGGAAAUCGAUGCUCUCCACAUAUUGUUUUGGAGAGAAGUCUGAGUAAGAGCUUAAAUGAGAAUCAAAGAAUUUCAGUGGAGUCAUCAAGAACUUCGUACUCGUCUUCGUCCUGCUCAUCAUUUUCUUCUUUAGACUGCAAUAAAUCAUCUCAAGAAGAGCAUCCUUCUGUCGAGCGAAUCUGUUGUACAGAGAGGUCUGUGAAGGAUUCACCAAAAUUGAAGAGCCAUGAAGUUCAUGCAAAACCUAUUUGCUGUGAACUACAAGGCAAUCCUCCCAAUGUAUCAAUUCAAACUGAUUUCCGGUCUCUUGAUUUUCAAGAUGUCGUGAAGGACUCCAUAUACAAAGAUACACAGCCUUUAUCAGUAAGAACUUCACUCAAAGAGGUAACGAAGAACCAUACAUUGAAGCACAAAGAUUCCCCAAGGCCCAUUCUGCUGUCAAAGUCAAUGGAUGCAUCGCAUACCACCGAAAUUGAUGGAAGAUCAAGAGUGCACAUUGAUCUUGGUGAAUCCCUUCGAGUCCUAGCCAAGCUCAAAAAAGCCCCAUGGUACUUCUCAGAAGCUAAUGAACCACCAAGAAAAUCAUAUGAGGCAAAAGAUACUUCAUUUUAUCCACUAUCAAAGGAAGCUCCAAGAUUCUCGUAUGAUGGAAGAGACUCACGUUCUUCUCUGGAUUCUCGAGAAAGCAGCAAAAUCUCUUCCAAACUUAGAGAACUCCCUAGGCUGUCAUUAGAUGGCAGGGAAUGCUCAAACACAACCCUGAAAGAAUUUGACAGAAGCAGCAUCAACAGAAGAGCUGAUGUUAUUUUGGAACAUCAGCAAGAACCAGGAAGUUGCAAGCGGCCUCAUAGCAUCGUUGCAAAGCUCAUGGGCUUGGAAGCAGAACCCAACAGCCAAGAGCAGGUGGUGCUACCUGAUACUAACAGCAACAAAAAGUUUGACAACUUCAAUAGGCAGAAGAAUAUCGGUUUCGCCUCUAAACAACUUACAAACACUCAAGAUUGCAAGGAGGAUCUUCUCUCAUGCUCCCAUAAGUGCUUCAUCAAGGACCCUGCUAUUCCACUGCAGAAAAGACCCACUUCGAUCAUCAAACCUGUUUUCCAGUCAAGGGUCCCAAUUGAACCAGCUCCUUGGAGGCACAAUGACAAGAUCUGCAUCCCCCAGAAGAUGACAUUUGUACCCCGAGAAUGUCAGAUCAAGAAGCAAUCAGAAUCUGUCUAUAGUGAGAUAGAGAAAAGGCUGAAAGAGCUCGAGUUCCAGCAAUCCAACAAGGACCUCAGGGCUCUUAAGCACAUAUUGGAUGCUAUGCAUGCAAAGGGGCUACUAGAGACUAAGAACACCGCAGAUCAGCCUUCCAAAACAUCAGUUUCUAGUAGUCCAUCUGGAAGUGCUCAGAAUGUAGGAACAAUUGAUGCCCAAAACACAAUUGGUUCGCAUCCUACAUUUACGAAAGGAGACAAAACUUCAAGAGCUUUCGAUUCACCAAUAGUAAUCAUGAAACCCGCAAAAUCUUUCAACAGGUUGGAUAUUUCUCCAUCUUCAGUUAUUCCUUUAGAAGGCUUGUCAGGUCUUCAGAGGUUACGAACCAGCAAUCUUGUGGAUAAAAAGAAGGCUUCGGUUAGUAUGACAUUGCAUAAGGACCAAACGCCUAAGGCUUGUAGGGAAACUGCUUGUCAACCACCUCUCUAUGAAGAUAAGAAAUUUAGAAAAGAAGAAAAUGGCACACAAAAAAAUUGUAUGAGGAUGUCGCAGGUGUCACCUAGGCUUCAAGGGGCACUGAGAGAAGACUUCGGAAGUCCAGUAAAAGCAUCGAAUUCUCUCAGCCCAAGAUUACAACUGAAAAAAUCUGAAAUGGAAAAGAGGUCUCGUCCCCCACUUCCUUCAUCUCCCUCAAAUAUGCCUCCAAAACAGCCUGCUAACAGAUAUUCUUCAGAGUCAGUGUCUCCAAGAGGAAGGCUCAGGCGAAAACCAGCUCAAGCACAGCAAAAUAAUGACCAACUCAAUGACACUAGUAGUGAGACAAGAAGUCGGAAUGACCAGUAUGACAAGAUAUCUUUAAAGCCAGAUGGCCAUAUUAGCUUGAUAUCACAGGCAGACACGGAAGUAAUAAGGUCCAACCACUCUGAUGAUCCUUGCAUCUUUAGGCAAGGUAACCAAAGUCCAUCUGGCAGGGGUGCUAAGAGUGCUUCUUCAGCCAUGUACCGGAAGAAGAACUCACAUAGUUCGAAAGAAGAUGGUUUAGCCGUGGAAAUAGAAACAGCUGUUCCUAAGCAGCCAAUUCCAAUCCCUGUUCUACAUGCUUCACUUAACCAGGAUGACUUGCCUCCUAAGGAGAUAUCUUCAAAAUCAUUCGAAGAUGACGAGAUUCAUGCUUCUUCAGUUGAUUGUCGCAAUCCAACUGGCUUGCCUGAUGCUCCAUCACCCAAUUUAAGCUCUGGAUUCAACCAGAAGAAACUUGCAAACAUCGAACACCUGGUUCAAAAGCUGAGGCAGAUAAGCUCAAAGGAUGAUGAAGCUUCCACAACUGACCAUAUUGCCUUGUUAUGUGAAAAGCAGAGCCCAGACCAUCGAUAUGUGUCUGAGAUACUCCUGGCUUCUGGCCUUCUGAUGAGAGAUCUAACAUCUGGACCAAUUAGCACAGUGCCCAUCCAGCUUCACCCUUCGGGCCACCCGAUAAACCCUGACUUGUUUCUUGUUUUGGAGCAAACAAAGUCUCCCUGUCUUGCCAAGCCUGUGACCGUUAGCCAAAACAUAGUUCAGCUCAAGUCUGAUCCAGAGAAGCUUCAACGCAAGCUGGUAUUUGAUGUAGUGAAUGAGCUCCUAAUACAAAAGUUGAAGCUGGCUAGUCCAGGCCCUCGCCCUGACCCCCUGCUUCAAGUCAGGAAGGCCAAGUUUCCCAGCGGACAACGCUUGCUGAAAGAGAUAUGUUCUGAUAUCGAACAUCUCAAAGCUGAGAGCUUUGUUGCUGGCAGCUUGUAUGGUGAUAACAGCUUUAUGGCAGGCGAAGAUAUGUUGCGGCAUUCGGAAGGCUGGACUGAUUCUGGCAAGGAGUUACCGACGAUAGUGUUGGAGAUAGAGAGGUCAAUAUUUAAAGAUCUGAUUGAUGAAGUUAUUAGCGGACAAGGUGCAACUGGUUUUCAAUCCAAGGCAAGCAGAAGGCAGACGGUCAGACGCUAAACAAGUACACCAUAAUCGUAUCUUCUCUCUUUCCUUCACAAGCAACUGUGAAUAUUAGCAAAUGGAACAACUGUUAUACAUGUUGUAUACAUCAUAUAUGCUUUAAUGGAACUACAAUAAGAUCGUCACUUUUUCCAUA